GACCAUUCAGAAGCUGGAGAUAAUCUCAGGACAAGGAAGAGGUACGAAAACUUCAGAAGAUAAAGAACGAUAAUCGACCAUGAAGCUUGCAAUCCUUAUUGCCCUACUGGGGAUGACUGCACUGUGCAUGGGACGCAGAGAUCGAGAUAACUCUGAAAGUGUGGCUGAUUCUCGCAGCUCUGACGCUUUUAUCUCCAGACAAGAAUCGGCUAAUUUUGCACAGAGAAAUAGACAGAGCAAUAUUCACAACCUGUUGCACGGUGCUGUGAGGUCACCACUAGAAGCUAAGCGAGAGGUCUGCGAGCUGAACCCCGCCUGCGAUGAGCUGGCCGAUCACAUAGGAUUUCAGGAGGCUUAUAGACGCUAUUAUGGCACAGCCUAAUCAUACCAAAAACAGCUAAAUGUUCCUAAUGUAUGUACCCCCACAUUGCCCCGUGUCCCCCUUUCUUUCUUACUGCUAUAUUAACGCACAAUCUGACUGUAUGUAUGUAUGUUAGCAUGGAUGGCAGAUAAUAAAAUAGUCAACGCAAUCAAUGCCAAACUUAAAACAAACUUCUUAGGAUGGAUUAUUGGCAUAAAAUAUUAAUAAUAAUAAUAACAA